GCACUGGAUAAAGGGUUCACCUAUCAAAUUAGUCCAGCGGAAUGCAGUCCUUGUGAUGGAUUUAGUCUACAUACGCAGGCAGCUGGCUGCACACAUAUUCCCAAGGCAUAUGCUAUAUGCGAUCUACUCCUGGCCACCCUUCAAGAAGCUGAUUUCGACGCUCAUCUACAACUCUGCUUCUUCAUCAAAAUGUUUUGCAUGAUGACCUUCGAACCACUCACUGUAAAUCCGGACAAAUUAUCUCAUAUCCUCGGCUCGAAUAACAUCAAAAAGCAAAAGGCGCCUCGAAACAGUUUUUUGUACCUGACGCCAUGUCGCAAUUGGAAUGAAUCGGGUCAACUCCCUGGCCGUCGGGAUCGAUCCAGUACAUUCCGGAUGACAGGGAUGGAUCGACGAACCAGAACCAGACGAACCAUCCCCGCUGCAACUGAUGUACAAGGAACACCCACAAAGUCUCUUCUUCCCUUUCCCCUUAUCUGUCCUCAUAUACAUCCAUCUGAGUGCGGAUGGAUUCACAAGGAAUCCCUGCUUCAAUUUCACCUGACGUCUGCUAUGACGACGAGAUUCACUUGGGAUGGAGCACCGCACCCAGAUCUGCCGUCCAGCAUUCACCUCCAAGGUAGGACGCCGUUGAAAUUUUUUCCUGUUACGUUUUCAUUUUGAGAGUGUGUGUGUUUUUAGUGCUGGGAAACAGAUUAUAAAAUGUUAGUGGUUACUUUUCGAUAAGAUGAAAGCGACGAGCCCCAGUCAUUUACGGGAUUGAGUGUUCUAGUUUGCCUAGUUGAAAGUUGGUGCGCGUUGUUCUUGAAUUUUUUUUACCAUGCCUUCAUUCACGCAAUGAAACUGCCGUCGACUUAUUAUUUUAGAACUUCUUUUUUCGAUAAAUCAAAGUAGAGUUGUAGACUAUGGAAUGGAUGUGGGAGUACGUGUACCAUCACAUCGAUCACAUGUAUAGGUGAAGCUUCAAUUCUUUUUUGUCGACGAUGAGUCGAUGACUUUAUUAGACUUGGAGAGGAUCGACG